CUCAGAGUCACACUCGAGUCUUGAUCUCGACGAUUUCUUUGCAGAAGACCAUGGCUAGGGCGGUGGCGAUGUGCGCGGUGGUGGCGGUGGUAGUAGCGGCGAUGAUGGUGGUGCCAUCGGCGGCGGCAGCGAGGGCGAUGGCGCCGGCGCACCAGAAGUGCGACGUGGGGAAGCUGAUCGACUGCCGGCCGGCGGUCAUCGGCGGGAAGCCGCCGUCGGACUCGUGCUGCUCGAACCUCAAGGCGCAGAAAUGGUGCUUCUGCCAGUACUUGAAGGACCCGAACUACUCCCACUACAUCAACAGCCCCAAUGCCGGCAAGACCCUUGACUCCUGCGGCAUCAGAUUCCCCAUCUGCCUGCUGUAGAAACAUGGUGUGUAGAUACAUCGCACAUAGUGCGUGCUAUUGUAUCUCUUUGUGAGAAUAAAAAUAUUGUUUCCGCGGGUGUGUGUUGAUCGAUUAUGUCGCUUAAUUUACAUGACUGCGUGCGUGUGUUGAUCGAUUCAAUCAUUCAAGUAAAAUGGUCUGCUACAAGUCCGUGAAAGUGGAAUUGAUCAAUUAGGCCGCU